AUGGAAGACGAGAAAGACGAAAAGGAUUUUGACGAUGAAAAUUAUUACAGUGAACUACAAGGUAACGACGACAACGGUGACAAGAACCCUAUUAUCCAUGUUGCACGGGAUCAUGUGACAGUUACUUUGAUUUUUGCAGUUUCGUCUGCUGUGUGGGGUUCGUUUCAGUUUGGUUACAAUACAGGUGUUGUUAAUGCACCGCAAAUGCUAAUUGAGACAUUUAUUAAUGACACUUACAAAAGUCGUUACAAUGUCAAGUUUAUGCCAGAAGACAGAAUCCAAUUUCUAUGGGCUUUCAUUGUUGCUAUAUUUUCUAUUGGUGGAUUGUUUGGUUCAUUCUGUGCUGGUAAAAUAGCUAAUGCUGUAGGAAGGAGUCAUGGAAUGCUGUUUAGUACUGUCUUAUCAAUACUGGCUGGGUUGUUAAUGUGGUUCAGUAAACAAGCUUCUUCUUACGAAAUGCUAGUAAUAGGAAGAUUUAUCAUAGGAUUUUAUUGUGGUAUUAGUACUGGAUUAGUACCCAUGUAUUUAUCGGAGAUAGCACCUACUAAUUUACGAGGUGCUGUGGGGGUUUUUCAUCAGCUGUUUGUGACUAUUGGUGUUUUAGUAUCACAGAUAUUGGGAUUGAAUGAAAUAUUAGGUACUGAACAGUAUUGGCCAUUGCUGCUUGGUUUAACUAUUAUACCUGCUGUUUACCAAAUUCUAACGCUUCCAUUCUGUCCUGAAAGUCCUCGUUAUCUACUGUUUAAUAAGCAAAAAGUAAAGGAGAGUGAAAAAGCUUUACAGAGACUUAGAGGUACUUUAUACGUCAUGUCAGACAUGAAGGAGAUGAAAGAAGAAUAUGAAAAAGAAAAAAAAGAAGAAAAGACGAGCGUUAUUGGUUUAUUCAAAAUAGAGUCUUUGAGGAGACCUUUAGUAAUCAGCGUUGUCUUACAAAUAUCUCAACAGUUCAGUGGGAUAAAUGUGGUGUUAUAUUAUUCUACAUUGUUAUUUAUAUCUGCUGGAAUAUCUGAGAAGAACAGUCAGUAUGCAACUGUCAGCACAGGCAUAACUCUUGUUGUUUUCACCUUAAUUUCUGUUCCUCUCAUGGACAGGGUUGGUCGGCGAACUUUGCAUCUUAGUGGAUUGGCUGGUAUGAUUUGUGCUGCCACAACAUUAACCCUUGGAUUGAUUUUAUUAAAAUAUGAUGUCUGGAAUGGUGCUGCUAUUAUAAGUAUUAUUAGCACCAUUGUCUUUGUUGCAUCCUUCAGUAUUGGACCAGGUUCUAUUCCUUGGUUGAUUGUGGUAGAAUUGUUUGCCCAUGGAGAGCGUGCAGCUGCAAUGAGUGUUGCUUAUCCUAUUAACUGGUUGUCAAAUUUCUUGGUUGGCAUUUCUUUUCCUGCCCUGCUUAGUGCACUUAAUGCAUACGUCUUUCUGCUGUACAUUGUACUGUUAUUAUUUUUCUGGCUAUUCACAUUUAAAUUUGUUCCGGAAACCAAGAACAAAAGCUUUGAAGAAAUUGUGUCCAUAUUUCGACAGCAGUCAAUGAAGGACUAUGGUACUAGUGAUGUGACUGACAAAGAUAAACCCAGUUGA